GAGCAUGCGCAGUGCGGGGGAGCAACAGCCCCAAUGAAAAACAACAACAAUCACUACAGCAAGGCUAGGAGAAAGAGAUGGCUCCUUGAAGAACAACACUUCUGGCCCUCGUCACAGCAGUAAUCCCAGCCGCACUGCUGCUAUUUCUACCGGAGCAUUAUAUGUCGAUGGUGCCGAGCCCAUGAACUUGGCCAGUCAAAGCGGGGACGCCGGCGGAAGCCAGCUCCUCUUCGCCAACUUCAACCAGGAUAACACGUCCUUAGCUGUUGGCACCAAAUCAGGAUACAAGUUUUUCUCCCUGUCCUCUGUGGACAAACUGGAGCAGAUAUAUGAAUGUACGGACACAGAGGAUGUGUGUAUUGUGGAGCGUCUGUUCUCCAGCAGCCUGGUGGCCAUCGUCAGCCUGAAGGCGCCCAGGAAGCUCAAAGUCUGUCACUUCAAGAAGGGAACCGAGAUCUGCAACUACUCGUAUUCCAACACUAUACUGGCUGUCAAACUCAACAGACAGAGGCUGAUAGUGUGUCUGGAGGAGUCGCUUUACAUUCACAACAUCCGAGACAUGAAAGUGCUGCACACUAUCAGAGAAACCCCGCCCAACCCUUCAGGAUUGUGUGCCCUUUCCAUCAGCAAUGACAACUGUUAUCUGGCCUACCCCGGCAGUGCUACGAUAGGAGAAGUUCAAGUGUUUGACACAGUCAACCUGCGAGCGGCUAAUAUGAUUCCAGCCCACGACAGCCCAUUAGCGGCUCUAGCUUUUGAUGCCAGUGGAACCAAACUGGCCACAGCCUCAGAGAAGGGCACAGUCAUUCGUGUCUUCUCAAUCCCAGAGGGACAGAAGCUCUUUGAGUUUCGAAGAGGAGUCAAGAGGUGUGUGAGCAUCUGCUCACUGGCGUUCAGUAUGGAAGGCCUGUACCUGUCGGCCUCCAGCAACACAGAGACGGUCCAUAUCUUCAAAUUAGAGACGCAGAAGGAGAAGUAUGUGCCAGCGGAGGAGCCCACCACAUGGGGAGGUUACCUGGGCAAGGUCCUCAUGGCGUCCACCACCUACCUGCCUUCCCAGGUUACGGAAAUGUUCACCCAGGGGCGAGCCUUCGCCACCGUACGUCUGCCCUUCUGCGGACAUAAGAACAUCUGCGCCUUAGCUGUGAUUCAGAAGAUUCCUAGGUUGUUGGUGGCAGCGGCUGACGGUUACCUGUAUCUGUACAACCUGGAUCCACAAGAGGGAGGGGAAUGCACACUUAUGAAGCAGCACAGGUUAGACGGCAGUGCUGAGCCAUCCAAUGAGAUCCUUGAGCAGGGGUCACAUGACCGCCCACUUGUGGCCCAAACCUACAGCACGGCAGUAACUAAAGGUUACUGCGAAGAGCAGGGCGCCGUGGGAGGGGCAGGGCUAGAAGAUGACCUUAACGACUUGCGCUUAGAGGAGGAGAACGAGCAACCGCCACUCAUCCUUGAAACUGACUGACUUAACGGACGGCUGUACCCACCAAUCAGAGGGCUCCUCUGGUGCUGCUAUGAACAUGUGACACAAGGGGGGGCAGGGGCAGGAUCAAAGAUAGGGGGAGGGUGUUUUUAAAUGCUCAAAGCGUUCAAGAGCCUGUCUGUAAGUCUAUCUGUGCGUUUGUCUGUUCACAUACAUGUCAAUCUUUUUCUUCCUCCCUCCCUCCUUCCUGCGUUCCCUUUUCCCUCAGUUUUGUCUGCGCAGGCCAAACUGACGCUUUGCAUGUACAUGUGCCAACUGCUAAAAACAUGCUCCAAUGUGAAAACGAGUAUCUGUGAGUGUGCGUGUUGGACGUUUGAUCAAAAAAAAAAAAAUACCAAUGUAGCUGUCUCCACUUAAGACACACACACACUGACGCAAGCACUGUGUAAAAUGAAAGUGAUUGUGUAAGUGCCUCUCUGCCCCAGUGUCAUGGUUUCUUUCUGUUUGAGAGGGGGAUCUCUUUGCAUUGGCUUAAUAAAAUCUGUUUUCAGUUGUCGGAUCUUAAUCGAGGGCGUGUGUGUACUAUCUUUUCUGACCCUUUCCUCUCUCUCACACACAUUCACACACUGUCCUGCGAGGAGUGUGGCAUCAGCCAUCUUGCUGAACUCUACCCUCCAAAGAACGAUUUUAGAAGCUUUUGGCAUGAGGCAGAGGUGUUUGCGAAUAAGAGUGUGUGUCUGUGCGCUUGUGCCGAGACCUCAUUUGUGCGCGUGUGCUGGGCAUGUACAUUAGCAAAACACUGAGUAGUUUAGCCUCCUCCCCUCCUUCCCCCCCAUCACUUUUACCUCAUCCAUACAGAGGCUCAGUGGACCCCCCCCCCAGGCCUGCACUCAUUGGUUGAUUUUUAAACUCUGAUAUUAAUUAUCUUUUUUUUUUUUUUUAAAUCUACAUAACCAGUCAUAACCAAUGAUGUGUCAUGCGUAAGAAAACAUGCAUGGUGUUGUUGACGUGGUACUUUGUCCAUACAUCGCAGACUUUUGGGUGGUGAUGAUCAGUUAAGGGCUGUCCGCAGGUCAGUUGAGAAAGGCAGGAAGCUGUCAGCGGCAGCGUCCUGCUGUAUCUCUACUCUGUACAUUACUAGACGUGGCAAGAUAUUACUGAACUGUAUUGUCAGUUUCUGAACAUGGCUUUGAGAUUUUACACGCUGAGAUAGUGGAUGUUCGGCCAUCGAGUGAACUGUGGAUUACAAUAAGAUUGAUCUGGAGCUCAGGCUGAGCCUCAUCAACUGGUCCAGGAUGCUGCAUGAUUCCCCAUUAUUAAUCCUUUAGUGUCUGAAGCCGCUAAUAAAGGAUUAGCCAUGGGAUUUUGGAGUGUCAGGCAUUUUCUAAUGAUUUUGUAUAAAAUGUGAAACGUUCAUCUGAAACUAAAAUGAAAAUAAAUUCCAUGUUGAUGUAUGAGAUAGGUGCCUUUUGUUCUUGUCACACUGUAUUAACUUGCUUAUAUUCAUUAAAUUAAUUCUAUUAUAAUAUA